CCCAAAUUGAAGAGGAGCUUCGAGAGUUUCCGAUCACAUCACGAGACGACAGCUAUCCACAACGGUGCUUUACUUAGAACGAAGAGCAAUAAAAAGCCAUAAAGAAAGCUUUUACCAGAUCUGUCAUGGAGAUUUGUUCAUCAUCGUUCUAGACUUUGUUCCUCCACGUCUCAAAUUUAAAUCAUACUCUAGCAAUAUCAGACUACGUUCUGUUUAUCAGACAGAACUUGCCAGCUACUAUAGUUUAUCAUCACUCGCAACAAACUGUGCCACAGUUCACUCUGCACAUAUUCUCUCUCUCUCUCUCUUUCUUUGUAUCUAUACCUGUAUGUAUAGGUAGUGUGAUGGAUUCUCUGCGUGUGUUGCACUUCUACACCAGCACUACGACUAGUACAUAUGCGCAAACCCAUUUCACAAGGAAAGCCAAAUUCCUUAACUAUCAUCACCAUAAUCAUCAUCAACAAGAAAGAAGGCACAAAGCUGGGCAAAGCUUCGCUCUCUUGAGGCCCAGAAUUUCUUUGUCUUGUCGUAAUUUGGGUUGUAAGGAUAGACCCACGAAGGUUUUUGGAAUUGUCUGUGGUGCUUCGUCUGUUGAAACCAGAGAAGAAGAGAAGAAGGGGAUGAAAAAGACGAAGUUGAGGCCAGGGCAAGAGAAGGUGCGGCUAAGAGUUAAAGUGGAUCACCAAGUUCAAUUUGGGGAGCACAUUGCAAUUUUGGGGUCAGCAAAAGAAUUGGGAUCAUGGAAGAAGAGAAAGCAGAUGAACUGGACAGAGAAUGGUUGGGUUUGUGAACUAGAACUAGAAGGGGGUGAGAUUGUUGAGUACAAAUUCCUGAUUUUGGGAAAGGACAAGAGUAUGGUUUGGGAAAGUGGUAAUAACCGGAAAUUGGAGCUCCCAAAGAAAGGGAUUUUCGAGAUGGUUUGUCGCUGGAACAGGACCGAUGAGAAUGUAGAUUUGUUGCACUUGGAUAAGGAAGAGAAUCAGCAGGAUAUGGAGGAUGUAGGAGAUAAUGGGUCUGCAGUUGCAAAUGGUGCUACUCAUUUGGAGGAUGUGAUGAGUCCUUUGGUGGAACAAUGGCAAGGUAAGUCCAUAUCAUUCAUGCAAUCAAAUGAGCAUCGGAAUAGAGAAGCAGACAGGAAGUGGGACACAUCGGGGCUUGAAGGGCUUGCUUUGAAGUUAGUGGAAGGUGACCAGAAUGCCCGAAAUUGGUGGCGAAAGCUUGAAGUUGUUCGUGAACUAGUAGCUGAAAAUGUGGAGAAUGGUCAUCGAUUGGAGGCUCUCAUAUAUUCAGCCAUCUAUCUGAAGUGGAUAAACACGGGGCAAAUUCCUUGCUUUGAAGAUGGAGGUCAUCACCGGCCAAACAGGCAUGCUGAGAUUUCCAGACUCAUAUUUCGCGAAUUGGAAAGAAUUUCCUGUAGGAAAGACACUUCACCCCAGGAAAUACUUGUCAUCCUCAAGAUUCAUCCAUGUUUGCCGUCUUUUAAGGCAGAAUUUACUGCAUCUGUUCCACUAACACGUAUUAGGGAUAUUGCUCACCGGAAUGAUAUUCCUCAUGACCUUAAGCAAGAAAUCAAGCAUACCAUACAGAACAAGCUUCACCGCAAUGCUGGCCCUGAAGAUCUAGUUGCUACCGAAGCAAUGCUUGCAAGAAUCAGCAAGAAUCCUGGGGCUUAUAGUGAAGCAUUUGUAGAACAGUUCAAGAUAUUCCAUAGUGAACUCAAAGAUUUCUUCAAUGCUGGAAGGUUUGCUGAGUGUCAUUCUAAACCUUUGAUCAACUUGAAUCCAAAGUGUGCAUUACUAUUGCAGUGUUAG